CAACCUGUUCAAGUCUUCAAGUGACUCUUUAAAAGUCCCUUUCCAAGGGAGAGCUUCACUCCAAUAAUAGCUCUAACCUCUUUUCAUAGAAAAACUAAGCCAGAUAUUACACACAGAAAGAGAGAAGGAGAACGAGGAGAGUAGAAAUUUCUGCGUCUCCAUGGCUGCUGAAAUAGAGCUUCUUCUCCUGCUCUCUCCAUCAAUUUUAGCUCUUUUUCUCGUAUGGCUCCUCAUCAAAAGGAAGGAAAGAACACUAAAGCUUCCACCUGGAAACAUGGGUUGGCCUUUUCUCGGUGAAACGAUCAGUUAUUUGAAGCCUUAUUCAGCUACUUCCGUAGGAGAAUUCAUGGAGCAACACAUAUCGAGGUAUGGAAAGAUCUACAAGUCCAACUUGUUUGGUGAGCCAACCAUAGUUUCUGCAGAUGCGGGACUAAAUCGAUUUAUAUUACAGAACGAGGGGCGCCUGUUUGAAUGCAGUUAUCCAAGGAGUAUUGGUGGGAUUCUUGGGAAAUGGUCGAUGUUGGUCUUGGUUGGAGACAUGCACAGAGACAUGAGGAUGAUCUCUCUCAACUUCAUGAGCAAUGUGAGGCUUCGAACUCAUCUCCUGCCGGAAGUCGAGAGGCAUACCUUGCUGGUUUUAAGGUCUUGGAAAGAAAAUUCAACACUUUCAGCUCAAGAUGAAGCAAAGAAGUUCACUUUCAAUUUGAUGGCGAAACAUAUCAUGAGCAUGGAUCCCGGAAAGCUCGAGACCGAGCAGCUGAAGAAAGAGUACAUUACGUUCAUGAAAGGAGUGGUCUCGGCGCCGUUGAAUUUGCCUGGAACAGCAUAUUGGAAGGCCUUACGGUCGAGGUCGACGAUCCUGAAAGUAAUCGAGCGAAAAAUGGAAGAGAGGAUCCGGCACAUGAGAGAUGAAUGCGAGAGAAGGGAAGAAGAUGAUCUCCUCGGGUGGGUAUUGAAGCAUUCAAACCUUUCGACGGAGCAAAUUCUGGAUUUGAUACUGAGUUUGCUCUUUGCCGGCCAUGAAACUUCGUCAGUAGCCAUAGCUUUAGCCAUUUACUUCUUGCAAGACUGUCCAAAAGCACUUCAGCAGUUGAGGGAAGAGCAUCUUAAAAUUGCCCGAGCCAAGAAACAAGCUGGAGAGUCUCAGUUGAAUUGGGAUGACUACAAGAAAAUGGAAUUCACCCAUUGCGUCAUUAGUGAGACACUUCGUCUCGGCAACGUCGUUAGAUUUGUACACAGGAAGGCUAUCAAAGACGUCCGGUAUAAAGGUUAUGAUAUCCCAAGUGGGUGGAAAGUUCUUCCGGUGUUUGCAGCGGUCCAUUUGGAUCCAUCCACCUAUGAUCACCCUCAACAUUUCAAUCCCUGGAGAUGGCAGCAGAACAUUAGUAGCAGUAGUAGUAGCAGCAACAGCAGCAAUAGUAGCAGCGUGGGUGCUAAUUCGAAUGCGACGAUGAGCAUCAACUUUAUGCCAUUUGGGGGUGGACCACGACUGUGCGCCGGGUCCGAACUUGCCAAGCUGGAGAUGGCCGUGUUCAUGCAUCACCUGGUCCUGAAUUACCAGUGGGAGUUAGCCGAAUCAGAUCAUGCACUGGCCUACCCAUUCGUCGACUUCCCCAAAGGCCUACCCAUCAAGGUCCACAAAAUCCAGCACCACCACACCACAACCUCAUAUGACAGCAACAUUCAUUUAACUCUCAACUCUCUCAGCCUCCCAUGUUGAAUUUGGAUACCAAAGACAAACCGAGACGGAAUCCUAUUCAUUUCAUUUGUGUAAAGAUAUAUAAAGAAAUGAAAGCCCAAGCCCAAGCUCAUGAAACUACAUCUGUGUUCUUCGAGUUUUCCAAAGGCUGGUGGAAUUUCAAAUUUGUUGACCUUUUACCCUCACAUGGACAGUGAGUGCAGACAUAAAGAGGCCAAGUACAAACUGCAAAUACGUUAGGACCACGUAUGUUCGUCUCUCCUUGUAAUCAUAUCCGUUUUCUUUCAAGCUUUCCUCCAUAAUGGGCCUGGGCCUAAUUAUCCGUUUUGUGUUGACAGGAACUAGUGUUUUGUUUGUAUUCAUGUGAUUUUCCGUUUUUGCCCAUCAGUUAUAUGUAACUUUCCGAUUUUAGUAUAUGUGUAAGAACAGGGUGUUUCCUCUAUGGCUCUAUCUGACUA